AUGAAAGCGCUUUUAUCAUUUGGCGUUAUAACGCUUUUAACGGUGAUUUCGGUACGCGCUACACCUGCCAUCAGCACCAGUGAAAAUACGAUUCCUGUGGUAAAUCGCAAUCAACUGGAAGAGGGCUUUUUGCGAAAGCUUAAUAGUAAAUGUACUCAAAGGGACAAUCAUUCGUGUAUGAUGCUCAAAUUGAUUGUAUACAUGAAUCGAAUAUUUAAAAAGUCUUCAAUCGAGAUAAAUGAAAACCUUAAAGUCUCGCAAAACAGAGAUAUCGACUCCAUACCGGAUGACCCGGACGAUGACUUAAUGCUGGCGCGUUCAAUCGAGUCCGACGAUGAGACGCUUGGCCUGCUGGUGGCCGGAAAAAUUUGGAAAUUCAUACGCUCACGUACGCUACGCUAUAAAUUCUCCGAUAAUGCAGACUUCGUACUCACCACCGAACCCAAAGGCAAUUUGAAUUUUGGCGUAUCCGUGAGUCCGGUGGAGGCGCUCGUAGAGGGACGCGGCAAAAUGAAAAAUAUGGGCCCAAUGCUGAUGAUAAUGAUGGCUAAAGCGGGCAUGGUGGGUGCCAUAAUGCUCAAGGGUCUCUUUCUGUUAGCGGGUAAAGCAUUAAUUGUCUCAAAGAUUGCACUGCUGCUGUCAGUGAUAAUCGCAUUGAAGAAGUUGCUAUCGCAAAAGAAGCACAUUGUCGAGAUACCACAUCACGAUACUUACAGUUCGGGUUGGGCGCGCGCAUUGGAUGGCUUCAUUGAGGGUAUGGCUGAGGUGCCGGCGCAGAUAAUUGCACAGGAGGCGCAAGAUAUGGCUUACAAUGGACAAAUGCCGAUGCAGCAGCUGCACUAG